GGACUGGGCAGCAGGCAGAGGCACGUUGGGCUGGGCAGCAGGCAGAGGCACGUCAGGCUGGGCAGCAGGCAGAGGCACGUCAGGUGGGACAGCAGGCAGAGGCACGUCAGGCAGGACAGCAGGCAGAGGCACGUCAGGCGGGGACAGCAGGCAAGGCAGCGGGCACCGGGCCAUCAGCGCGGAGCAGCGGGAACCGGGCCAUCAGGUGGAGCAGCAGGCAAGGCAGCGGGCACCGGGCCAUUAGGCGGAGCAGCAGGUACCGGGCCAUCAGGUGGAGCAGCGGGCACUGGGUCACCAAGCUCAACAGCGGGCACUGAGUCAUCUGGCAGGACAGUG